GGCCCAUUCAAAUUUCAAACAUUUGUUUCUUUACUUAGGUCCAUGCCAACGUAAGUUCAAACAGUUCCACUUUCGAAGUGGAGCUAGAUGGAAGGUCGAGCUACGCGCUGAAGCUAUACGCCGCAAACGCCAAAGGGCGGAGCGAAGCGGUGUCUCUGUACACUGUAGCUUUAAGGUCACCUGACAAGUUCACUGGAGCGAGCACAACGCUACCAUUGUCACCAAUGCUAGCGACGCUAGUAGCGCUAUCAGCGUUGCUGUGUGCUGCUGUCUGCGGUGUCAUCACUGCCUUAUAUCGGCGGCAUGUGACGCGCCGACACCACAUGGACAAGCAUCCGCCUUCAGCAAACACCCUCUACAUGCAACGAAGCCUCGAGUUCUCGAAGCCGGACAGUUUGAACACAUAUACAGCCACGCCCAAGCUCGACUACUGCAGUCGGUACGAGCUGAAGAUGGAUCAGGUGGAGGAUUCAGACCCUGACAUCAUUCCGUGUCAUUACGAUAAGAAAUGCAGCGAUUACUGCAAGCAACCGCUGCCCCAGUCCGAGAGCGACCCGCUGAGACUGUAUAGCGACCAGCCUCUACCUCCUAGUAUGGUAAGUUAA